AAUAUUCUGUCAGAGAUGGCUGGGAGACGGAUGUAAGUGCAGAAGGUGUGUUUAUUAAUACAAGUGAAGACAGGUAAACAAUCCAGAACGGCAGGCAAAAUCGUAAAACAGUGAAACAGGCAAUAGGUCGAGCGAGGCACAAACAGGCUAUCGUAGACUCGGCAGAAUCAAAGAUGAGAAACAGGAAAUCAGGGAUCAGGAACCCAAACAAGGAAAUAAGGCUCGGUAAUGUGUCAGCAAUGCAACUCAACACUUCGCAAAUUCCAAUGCCGCUCCACAAGUCGGGCCGGGCUCACCGCCUGGAUCCCACCAUGAUCUCCGCCCCACUCGGCGACUUUCGCCACACCAUGCAUAUUGGCCGUGGUGGAGACGCCUUCGGAGACACCUCCUUCUUGUCUAGUCAUGGCCCCACCAACACAGAAUCUUUGAAGCCCACCACCUCUCCUGUGGAAGCCACCAUGGACUCCACAGAAAUGAGGCUAAAUCAUGAAGCUGAGCGCAAACCCCCUGACGAACCAUGUACAGAACUUCAACACUCUGAGUCGGUCUCAUCCUUCGAUCUGGACCUAGACCUGGGGCCAUCCAUUUUAGGAGAUGUGCUGGGAGUGAUGGAUGGACUGGGUUUGGGUAACAAGAUGACCGUGGGAACCGAAGGUGAAGAAGAAGUGUUUAUCUCUGGUAAGAGCAGUGCAGACGGUGGGAUAUCACCCAACGGUGCAACCAGUGACCUGAACGAGAAGAGGAUGGACAGUAUGAGCAGAGGGGAGGAGCAUCUAAACGAUGUCAACGGUAUCAGAUCUAAAGGUCUUCGGCCCAAAGUGCGAUUUAGCGACAAAAAGGAGGAGAUCGUCGGUCGGCAGUAUGUAGCUGGCGAAUUAGAGUUGGAAUGCGAGAAGGAAACGAGUACAAGUCCAAUGGGAGGAAUGGAGGUGAGGGAUGAAGGAAUGGAUCAUAAAGGAGUGGCGAAACCAGAGCUGACGAAUCACGUGCCAGACAUCAGUCCCAGUCCUUCUUCUUCAGUGAGCUCAGAAUAUGAAGGCAUCUCCGCACUGGACAGGAGGAGAGAAGAGGACCAUCUCUUGGAGUCGGAUUCAGAUGAAGAGGGUGUUGCAGGAGAGCAGGGCUAUACGUUUGAGGAUGAGUCGGAUGAUGAGAUUGGCCUUUAGGAGUGAGUCUAAUGAUGGGUAUGUAAAGACCAAGCACGGAAAAGAAUGCACAAAAUGCUUUUCUGAAUCGCAUAAAAGGGAGAAAAUACCAAAGUGAAAACAACUCUAUGAAACGACGAAACUGGAGGAACUGGACUUAUUAGUUAAUAGAAAAAUGUUACGCGCAUAAAUAAAUAGAGGCUGAAAAAUGUAUAAAAAAAAAAAGUUCAAAGCUCUAAGAUACACAUUAGUUUUAUCAUGAAAAGCAAUCAAGGGAUAGAAGUGUUGUAUUAUAAAGAAAUGACAUUUUCUAUUAGUACUAUUAGUCCCACUAAAGCCUUAAACAAUGGAAUAUAUUUAAUAUUAUAAAACGGGCCUGAUAAACAAUUAUUAUAGGUUUAAUAUUGUUGCUAUCGUAUGUUGUUCAACUGGGAGCUCUUAACUUUCAGAACAUUACCUGGGAAAUGUUAAAUUGUAGACAUGCAGUCUAUUUUACUUUAUUUUACUUUACUCAUCUCAAUACAGGAGUCAGAAGCUGAGUCAAAUACCAGUAUUCCACAAAAGUUGGUUCAAAAUUUUAUCCUUUAGUUUUUUAGUCUUUUUUUUUAAAGAAAUGCCAUAUUUUUUUAACAUCCUAUAGGCCAAAAGUAAAGCGUGAAGUUUUCAUAUACAUUUUAAUUUUCACAAAUUUAUUCUAAUUAAUGUUUUGUUAGUUCUGUUCUGAAAGCACAUGAAUGAAUCGUGGUAUGUACGUAGAACAUUAUCAGCAAGUAUGUUGUUCCGAAGGUCAAAACAUGUUGGUUGAUGUCGAUUUAAUAUACAUAAUGGUCUUUUUUAAAAAAAAAAAGCCAGCACCGGGCUUAGCUGAGCUGUGUGUGUGAGCUGUGGAGAUUUUACUGGAGACUUCUGGCUGUUCCUGUGGGAGUGACGAACACAAUGGCUGGAAAAAACAGUGGGUGGACGUCAUGCUUAUAGAUCGCAGGUGCUCAGUUUACUGCAACUGACCCAGUAUGAUGUAGUACUUUAUUGCUAUUGCUCUUCUACACUUUAGGGAGUUUGGUGUAAUCGGGGACACAGCCUGGUAUCUGCGGUUUAGUUUAAGGUACACGGAGAGAAACCUAAUAUCCUGAUCGGGAACGUGCUGAAAGAACAUUGAAAAUACAACAGUUGGAAAAGCUACUUUAAAAAUGCUGUUCACUAAUUUAACUUUUACAAUGACUUUAUGGUUAUCUGGAGAUUUUAUCAGCAUUACAUUGAGAAUGCUGUCUGGCAUCAUUGUGUCUCAUCACUACUAGUUGUCUGUGCAUGUGACGCUCAACCACAUCUUUGCUAAAGGGGUGUUCACAUGACACGUAUUUGCAUCAAUGCUGCACCGAUGUAUUUUGUUGCGAUAUAUCUUACACCGGUGUAAAUUUUGUGGAGCAUUCACACGUCACAAACCUGCUUACUAGAAAGAAGCGUUAGCACCGGUGCAGCCCCACUUGCGGUCACACGGCAGUUUUUGCGACCGUGCUAUACGAUAGUAAUAAUGCGGAAAUGAAAUAUGCACAUGCGUGAAAAUGUACUUCCUUUUCCCGGUUGUCAUGGCAUCACCAAGCGCCGGGAAAACAACGUGGAUGAAGACACCAGUGUUGCCAGAUACUGCUGACGUUUUCCAGCCCAAAAUAUGUUCAAAUCCGCCAAAAUGCACUUAAAACCGCCCAAUCUGGCAACACUGGAAGACACGCAGUUCUGUUGUUGUUGAUAUUCGCCAUUUUGGAAGCGCAAAAUACCAGGAUGCAAAUUAUGCAAUGCCCGUAUGUAAUCAGCUCUCCUCACGCGUAGUGAGUCUACCCCGUAGCGUUCAGACGUCCCAUUUUAUAUCGGUGCUGCCCCGCAAACUAGCAUUUACUCCGGAGUAAAUUUCUUAAACCUCCUCCCGAGCAGGGUUAGAUUUGCACUGGUUUAAGCAGCUUUCAGGGGCUACACCGGUAUAACUUUGUACCGUGUGAACGCUCUGCCAGGGCAGCCCCGGUGCUACACCGGAGUAAAAGGUGCCGUGUGAACACCCCUUAACAUAAAUGGAAAUGUUGCGACGAUUGUUUAAGGUGUUUAAGGUGAUAGUGAUAUUGUGUGCAGUAAAUAUUGCUAUGUAUUGUUUUUCUGAUUAUCAGCACAUGCCUAGUUGUGUACAGCAGAGGAUGAAAUGGUGUGCUUAUACCACUUUUAAAUAACCAUGUAGCUACUUUAGUUAUUUCAAUCCUAUCUAUGUACUUUAAUAGCCAGUCAUUGGAGUUUACAUGUCUCCUAGACUACGUUCAGACUGCACCCUGAAACAACCCAUAUCCGAUUUUUUUGCCCAUAUGCGACCUGUAUCCGAUUUGUUAUUGACAAUCUGAACGACACAGAUCCAAUUUUUUUCACAUGCGACCCAGGCCGCUUGGAUAUGUGGUCCUAAUUCCGAUGCAUAUCCAUUAUUUUCACAUGCGACUGCAGUCUGACCAGACAGGUCGCAUUCAUGCGACCUACACGUCAUCAACAAGAGACAAACGUCACUGUUCUGCGUUGGCUAAUCCCGCCUCUUUGGUGGAAACUUGAAGAGUUUUUUUUUUUUUACGUGUUACAUAGAUGUGCUUAUUACGUGUCAAUUUGCGCAUGCGGGACACUUUUGGGUCGUUUUCCGUUCAUGUUGGAGAUCGCAUACAAGUCUCAUAUAAUUGGUAAUGUGAACGGCCUAACAAAAAAAAUCAGAUUCACAACAAAUCGGAUAUGGGUCGUUUCAGGUUGCAGUCUGAACGUAGUGCUAGAGACAGUUUUCCUGUGUUUUCCCACUAAAAUAAACAUAAGAGCCAAAUCAAGAUAGCUGGAGAACUGCCUACUGGUUGAAACUGGAUUUAUUGGGAGGUAAUUAUGGACGAGUUUCUUGGAUUACUGCUUGGUUUCACAACAAUAAUUGUUUUAAGUAACAAACUGCAUGACUUUGUAAAUUGUGUUUUUAGCAACAAUGUCUUAAACAUCUCCUUUUAUAAAAUAAGCAUCUAUUCACUUGUAAAUAACUUGAUAUAAUGAUUAAACACCUGACAAUUUGUUCUCGGGGUUUUUUUUUUUUUUUCUUCUCAAAACCUUACACACAUGAAUCACUUUUCAAGCAAACGUUAUCUCUGCUUUAUACAUCAUCCACUAUUGCAUAGUUGAGCAAAAUCAGCUUGGAAAGGAGUGAACAUGUCUGUGUGUCUUUAAAAAUCCUGAUCCAGGUUUUAAAGCUACUACAGUCAUUAAAACCACUUUCUCAUUUUAUUUAUUAUUAUAUUUAGCUUUUGCACAGCCUUUAGAUGCCACACUGUGAUCUUUUAGCAGACUCAAGUAGGCCUCUCUGUUGAAACUGUAAAAGCAGAUGGUGUAAGAGACAUUAGGAAAAUCUGAUCACAUCACAGCUACGUUUGAAAAGACGUGCUUUGAGCAGAAAGCUGCAUCGCUACCCUUGAAUACAGUCGUACAGUUGAAAUCCCAAAAAAUGUUUUAGAAUUGUAGCUUAGUUACGCUGCUAGGUACUCCCAACGUUCCAGCCUAUAAAUAUUUGGGCCGCUGUCAUUUUAAAGAAAGGUACCAAAACAGAAGCCAUUAUGUCUGAUUUUUUUCACUUCAGUGCGUUUGGAGGAAUGUAACGAGCAGUCCAGAGGUGAAAAUAAAGCCCAAACUGGUGCAAUUAGUUCAGAUUGGGAUGCUGUCUUAAAGGACUAAGCCAUCAAAUACGUAUCUCUCAAACGAGAAUGUACAAAUUGGUUCUUUUUUUCUAUAACUUAAUUUCACUUUUAUUAGCAACCGUCUAUUAACCGGUAAGUCACUCUACAUGGUGCUGUUUAAACACCUGCCAGAUUUUUCAGCUGAAGUUUCAUUUAAUUCUUUUACCUCAGAUUCAUUAUUUAAAAGCAAGCAAAGCCUGCUUAUAACAUCAACUGUGAACGGCCAAACAGGAAGCAGCUCCAUUUUUGUUGAGCUAAUGACUGUCGGUUAGGUCAGUAGCCUCUCUCUGAUGAUGAUGAUGAUGAUGGUGAUGUAGUAGAGCAGCCAAAUACACACCGUGUACCGCAGUUGUAGUUAAACUGUUUGUCAGACCAGUUCUGCUUGUAAAAGCUCUUGAAGUACCUGCAUGUAUGUGUACACCAUGGAACACUGCACUUCAUAUAUGUGAUGCUAUUGGUUUCGAUAUUAUCUUUGACAUUGAGAUAUGCAAUAAUAAAUAUAUUUCUUUACUUCCUA